AGAAUAAAAAGCACGAGCUAGGGCUUGUUCUUCUUCUUCUUCUUCUUCUCAAUUUCUCUGAAACGCGCGCUCUGCCUUUCGUCCCAGCAUCGAACGAGCGACCUUCUAGCGAAGGUAGAGGAAGCGCCGGCUGAGGAUUAGGAGGAUGAGCGGAGGCGGAGGAGGAGAGAAAGGGUCGGCCACCACGAAGACCCCCGCGGAUUUCCUGAAAUCUAUUCGCGGGAGACCGGUCGUCGUCAAACUGAAUUCUGGAGUCGAUUACCGAGGUAUUCUAGCCUGCCUGGAUGGAUAUAUGAACAUAGCAAUGGAACAGACGGAAGAGUACGUCAAUGGGCAGCUCAAAAACAAGUAUGGAGAUGCUUUUAUUCGAGGAAAUAACGUUCUGUACAUCAGCACUUCAAAGCGGACUCUGGCAGAUGGGGCUUAGCGUUGGUUGAUUGUGCUAUGUAAUGUAGCAUGUUGGAGUUAUGUAGUCAUAACUUUUGAUGGGUACAUUUUUGGUUGCGGGAUCAUCCGGCUCUGGAAUUGUGGGAUAGUAAACAUAUUCCAAUUUUAGAGCUGAUUUGUGAUUCUCACUGAUAAUGCUGCAUCUCAUGAAAUCGGUUUGUGAAUUGCUUGACGAGGACUCGGAGCGCCCCAGCUCUUUCUAUUUUAGCAUGUCGUCGUGUAUACCUGGCUGUCUGUUUGUGUAUUGCCAAUUGGCUUUCAUGCUGUCCAGUUUAUGAAGGCGGCGAAUUGCACUUAAGCAUCAA